CCCCCGGCGUACGUGGUGGCGGCACCAGGACGGGUCAAUUUAAUUGGCGAGCACGUCGAUUACACGGGUGGAUUUGUCUUACCCUUGGCCAUCGACUUUUCCACCGUGAUUUACGGAACCGGCUUUUGCCAUACCGGCAAGGGCAAUGGACCGACGUCGAUGCGUCUGCGACUCAUUUCCGAAAAGGCCCUUAACGGAAGUAUUGUUGAAGAACGCCGGCUGAACGGCACAAGUCGUCCACCAGAUGCGGAUGAACCGCGAUCAUGGGUCAACUACGUAGUCGGGGUAGUACAACAGUACAUGCACGAUCUUCCCAAAGAAGGGUGCACUAUAGACCUGUCUAUGGCCAUUGCUAGCGAUGUUCCUUUGAGCUCCGGUCUGUCCAGUUCGGCAUCGCUCGAAGUUGCAGUCGCGACAUUCUUCGAAUGCUUCCUGCCGGAAAAUAUGGCCUAUUCCUCCGCCAAAGAAAAGGAUAUUCGAAAGGAACGCGCGUUACGUUGUCAGAAAGCCGAAAACGAUUGGGCACAUUCGCCAUGCGGUAUCAUGGAUCAACUAGCCUCGUCUGCCGCCCAAGUCGGCAAACUUAUGCUCAUUGACUGCCAAUCACUGGAAAUUGAACACGUCACUAUGAAAGCAAAUACACCAGAAGAUCCCGUUAUUCUUAUCACCAACUCAAAGGUCACGCACAGCAUUGCCGAUUCCGAGUAUGGGAUCCGACGAGCCCAGUGUCACGAUGCGCUCCUAGCAAUGCAGUCCAUUCCGCUCUACCACGUACUUUCUCUGCGAGACGCCACUAAGGAUGACGUGAAAGAGGCCGAAGCUAAGAUGAAUAAGAUUUCUUACCAUCGAGCUCUCCACGUCGUUAACGAAAAUGUUCGCACCAAAGAGUGCAAGGUUGCUCUGAAAAUGGGACUGUGGGAUCAUGUUGGAGAACUUAUGAAUGCGUCCCACGCAAGCUUGCGAGACGAGUACGAAGUAAGCUGUGAAGAAGUUGACUAUCUCGUCGAAGUAGCUCAGGCGUACGAAGGUGUGUACGGUUCCCGCAUGACCGGCGGCGGUUUUGGCGGUUGUACGGUCACUUUCGUUCAACGCCGAGUUGUCGAAGGACUCAUAAAGCAUUUACAAUCAUCUUACGAAGCCAAGUAUGGGAAACAAGCCGAGUGCUUUUUGACAGAACCGGCGGAAGGAGCC